AUGUUGGAAGGAAAAUUCGAUGAAUCCACGCUAUUGAAGAAAAUCGUUGAUGCGGUGAAGGACUCCGUUAAAGUCUGUAAUUUCAAUUGUACCGAACAUGGUAUAACUGUGCAAGCUGUUGAUGAUUCGCGUGUCUUGUUGGUAUCAUUAUUAGUGGGCCAGACUGCCUUUAGUGAAUACCGAUGUGAUAGAGAUGUCACUUUGGGGAUCGAUUUAGACAGUUUCGCCAAAAUCAUCAAAUGUGGUCAAAAUGAAGACUACUUAACAUUAUUGGCUGAAGAUAGUCCUGAUAGUGUUAUGACCAUUUUCGAGGACAAAAAAAAGGAAAGGGUUAGUGAAUAUAGCUUGAAGUUAAUGAACAUUGACUCGGAAUUUUUAAAAAUCGACGAUAUGGACUAUGAUUGCGUUAUAAAUAUGCCAAGCACGGAAUUCUCGAAAAUUGUUAGAGAUUUGAGAAAUUUGAGUGAAUCUUUGAAUAUCGUGGUCACUAAGGACUCGGUGAAAUUCACAAGUGAAGGUGAGAAAGGUAGUGGUAGUGUUGUAUUAAAACCAUACACCGACAUGGAUAAGCCUGAAGAAAGUGUAAGCGUUCACUUGGACAAUCCUGUUGACUUGACAUUUGGUUUAAAGUAUUUGGGCGAUAUAAUAAAGGCAUCUAGUUUAUCAAACUCAAUAACUAUAAAAUUGGCAGAUAAGGCUCCUGCUUUGUUUGAAUUCAAAUUGGAUGUGGGUGGUUAUUUGAGAUUUUAUUUGGCUCCAAAGUUCGACGAAGACGACUAA